AUGAGUACCGUAGGUGGCUCCGGCUUCAUUGCCGCCCACGUCCUUGACCAGCUCCUCGCCAAAGGCCACAGCGUCGUGACGACCGUCCGCAGCGAGGAAAAGGCCGCCAAGAUCCGCGAAGCCUACCCGUCGCAAGCCGCCUCGGGCGAUCUCGCCGUCGCCAUCGUCCCCGACAUCGCCCAGCCCGACGCCUUUGACGAGGUGGUCAAGACUCCCGGGCUCGAAGUCGUCCUGCACACGGCAUCCCCCUUCCAUUUCAAGUGGACGGACGCCAAAAAGGAACUGAUCGACCCGGCCGUGAUCGGCACGACCUCCAUCCUGCGCGCCAUCGCGCGGUCGGCGCCGACCGUGCGCCGCGUCGUGGUGACCUCGUCCUUCGCGGCCAUCCUGGACGAGGCGCACAUCGCGGACGGCAGCCACACCUUCUCGGAAGCCUCGUGGAACCCGGUCACGCUGGCUGACAUCCACCGCUCGCCCGCCACGGCGUACCGCGCGAGCAAGACGCUGGCCGAGAGGGCCGCGUGGGAGUUUGUGCGCGACCCCGCGAGUGGCGCCAAGUUCGAUCUGGUCACGGUCAACCCGCCCAUGGUUUUCGGUCCCGUCCUGCAGCACAACGUGGGGAGCUUGGAUGCGGUCAACACGAGUAAUGAGCGGGUGGUGGAUCUUCUGCGGGGGAAGUGGAAGGAGGAGGUGCCGAGCACGGGGGCGGCGGUGAUCUGGAUCGACGUGCGCGACGUUGCGGCGGCGCAUGUCAAGGCCGGCUUGGAGGCGCCCGAGGCCGGCGGGAAGAGGCUGUUCACCACGGCCGGGCUGUUCAGUAACGCGGAGCUGGCGCAGAUUGUGAGGAGGCGUUUCCCCGAGUAUGCGGACCGGCUGCCGACGGAGCAGACGAAAGGCGGGGAGCUGCCGGCCGAAGGGGAGCGGUACAAGUUUGACAACUCGGCGACGACGCGGUUGCUGGGGAUCGAGUGGACUCCGUUUGAGAAGUGUGUCGUAGACACGGUGGAGAGUUUGAAGAAGCUCGGUGCGUGA